UACACUACAUAAUGUUAGUGGCCUUUAAAAUCAUUUUGUUAAUGUUAAAUCAACAAUAAAUCAUAUGCUUAUCCAAAGUAAACUCUCACACAGAAGAUAAAUUAUUGUUUUCUGCAAAGUUGUGACACUAAGUACAAUCUAUAAGUUACUGGGGUACUAGAAGAACCAUUUUUAAGUACGUUAACUGCUUCACAGUAUGUCCUUAUGAAGGGCUAGGAUUGAUACUUCACACAAAUUAAGGAAUAAUAUUCAAUUUGUGUUUUAAAUGGUAGAUAGUAAAUUUACAAAUUUGAAAAAUAUAGUUUGUAGAAUUAUUAAAUUGAUAACGUGUACUUUUAUUUUAUUUUUAGGUGUCACUCCUAGUCCUCCAUAUGUCCUCCCAAAAGCUGAACAUGAUAGACCUUGCGAGUUUGGCAGUGUCGAUUUCCAAAACUACAGUUCCCACAAUGCAGUAGCCUACUUCGCGUGACGUUCCAUACACGCCUAUGAUGAAAACACGAGAGACGUGUAACUUUGACAGUUCCGGGAAAAUCCACAGGAAUACUUCAUAACUGAAAUCGUGAUUAACAGUUAGCUGACAUGUCAUGUAUUGAAUUAAAGGCUAAUCUAUUAACGUUUUUGCUCUAUUAAAAAGUUACAUGUAGAAAUCUUUCUAAGAAAUAUUUUUGACAAAUAAGUGUUAGUAUGCUGAGCCGAUCUAUAGUCGUGCAAAGUCUCAGGAGUAUUAGAGAUAGGUUUUUUGAUAGAAGACGACAAAGAAAUGAGGAAAGUGAUGGUCAGGGGUCAAGUAAUGAAGCCACGGGCCCCUCUCUGGAUAACCUGUCGGUUGACAUGCAGUUUCUCAUUAUGACCUUCCUGUCUCCACAAGACCUCUGCAGACUGGGAGGCACCAGUAGAUACUGGCAGUCAAUGGUUCGAGACCCUGUCCUGUGGAAGUACUUCCUGUUGCGUGAUAUGCCACUCUGGCAGUCAGUUGACCAUUUAUCAGUGCCCCAGGUCAAGCUCACUGGCUCAGCUGUGCUGGAUGACUCUGAGAUGCAGCUUGAUUAUAUGGCAGAGUAUCUACGUGUUUGUCCGGCCUGUCGAAACCAGUGGCAGUACCAACCCAGAGCCUUCGAAUCUGUGACUUCCUUCUUCCAGUCUCUUGUACCGCUUUCAGAGCCACAGUUUGCCAUGUUCGGCCCCGGGCUUGAGCAGUUAGAGAUUUCCCUCAUGAAUACAAUCAUGCAUUCCCCUCAUGUACUGCCUGUAGCAGGACUACCUCACCGUCAGAUUGAUGGCAUUGGAUCUGGAAUCAGUUUUAAGUACAAAGAUCAGCACAGAUUCAAUAUUGCAACUUUAUAUUCGACUAACAGGACAGAGCGAGAGAGAGCACGUCUGGAGCAUCUCAGUCUGCGCAGUAAACUCUUUGUCUAUGAGGAGGAUAGUGAGUCCAACAUACCCUUAAGCAUCAACUCCAUGUUUAAUCAAGUUUGUCAAGCUGUGAAUGGAUUCAUCUUUGUGGCCAAUGCUGAGACAGACAGAGACAGAGAGUGGGAGGAGGAAUGUGCCCAGAUCAGGGUUAUGUUAGACCCUGCGGUGGGUGCUGUGUCCCGCCCGAUCCUGGUGCUCUCCUGUGUGUCUAGAGAGACAGCAGACAGACGCAGGAUACCUUGUGUGACCAUUGCCCAUCAGCUUCAGCUCAGCUCACUGCCCAACCCUUGGAUGGUUCAGGACACGACUGCAGAAACACUGACAGGACUGCUGGAUGGUAUUGAUUGGCUGCUGAGGCACUCUGGAGUCAAGCUAUAACCAAUAAGACUGUAAUGAAGCUACUGGAUGUAUCAAGUCACACUAUUCUAGGUGGCUGUGCUUUUGGUGGCGAUCAAAGUCAUACCAUUACAUUUAUUUGUUUUUACGUUGCACUUUUCAA